CGGUUUACAUGCGUCUGAACAGCGCCCGCAUAGCCAGUCACUUCGUGAUACAGCGUGAGUGAGCACGCGGAUUGUAAAAUGGCCGGCACGGGAAGUAGAACGCCGCUGGCAAACGGAAGGACCACCGCCCACCAUCGCUAUGGAGCGACGACGGAGACACGGGCGGCUGUGGUGGCGGCGGUGAAUGGAAACAUCGGCGAACCGUACGACCAUACGGUGACGCCAGCGGGAAACGGUGCAGUACCCGGCCAGACGACGACGGUCGAUGAAGAGCGCGAGCAGCUCGACAAACGCUCCACGCUGAAACUGUGCGAGAAGAUCGGUUACGGACUCGGCCACGUGUACAACGAUCUGUGCGCCGGCGUGUGGUUCAGCUAUACGCUGCUGUUCAUGCAGGGCGCCCUGGGGAUGCCGGCGGCGGAAGCCGGUGCCAUGGUCAUGCUUGGGCAGGUCGGUGAUGCCAUCGCGACGCCGAUUGUGGGUCUUCUGACCGAUCGAUACGGCACCAAACGCCAGUGGCAUAUUGUAGGUACCUUUAUAGUAUUCCUCACCUUUCCGAUGAUCUUCUCGCUCUGCCCGUGGUGCUCGGUUGCGCCACACUGGUGGGAGAUUGUAUACUUCACGGCUGUGAUACUGGCGUUCCAGUUCGGAUGGCCGAUCGUGCAGGUGACCCACCUCGCCAUGAUACCGGAGUUGUCGCGCACGCAAAAGGAUCGGUCCGAUCUGACCGCCGUCCGCUACUCCGUCUCGAUCGUGUCCAACGUGAUCGUGUACAUCGUGACGUGGGCCGUCCUGAGGGCGAAUCGUUCCACGGCCGAAAAUCAAAUUGGCCCAACCGAUGCGUACCGGUUUCGGGACAUUUCCCUCAUUCUAACCCUAGUGGGUGUCUCCAUGUCGGUGCUGUUCAAUUUUUCACUCACAUUUAGCGGCUACGAGAAUCGUCGAAAUACGGCCCUGCAGCACAACAUCAUCCGACCGUCUUUGAGCGCCCCGGCCGAGACGGAUAUCGAGCGGGAGAGUUUGCUCGGUUCCGAACACAGAAAUGGCGGUCCAUUGGCUGACCUCGAUGCGGUGACGACGGUUAUGCGCAAACCAAAGAAAAACUUCUUCAAAUCUCCACUGCUUUACCAGAACGCGUUGUUGUACGUUUUUUCCAGGCUCUUCAUGACGACCUCGCUCGUUUACAUGCCCCUCUGGCUGGACGAACGAUCUUACCAGCCGAACGGUGCCGACGGCCAACCAGCAAGUGAUGCCAGCGUGGAGCAUCUCGCAACCGUCCCGCUCGUAUCCUUUCUGGCCUCGUUCGUGGCCUCGCUGGCCCUGAAGUACGGCAACCGUUUCGUGGGCAAUAGUCUGGUAUACUUCGUCGGGUCCGUCAUCAGUAUCAGCGUGUGUCUUUGGAUCGCUCUGACGCCACAGGCGGGCACCUUCAGUACGGUGUCCCUGUACGUGAUCGCUUCACUGUUCGGGGCCGGAAGUUCCAUCACCAUGAUCAGCAGCCUUUGCAUUACGGCCGACAUGAUCGGGAAGCAUGCCGAGCAAGGCGGCUUCAUCUACUCGGCCGUCACGUUCGCGGACAAGCUCAUCACCGGGGUGGUCGUGGUAAUCAUCGAGUCGGUCAAAUGCCGUGAUCGAACCGAAUGUCCCGAGUACUAUCGGGGUGUGCUGUCGUACGGGUGCGGAUUGGCAGCAAUUCUUGGCGGUCUCACGCUUGCCACCUUGUUAUGCACAAGGGCGUCGACCAGCCGAAGGCACCGGUAGUUGUGGCAUACCGAUAUACGGAGGCUCUGUUGUGUAUUAUAAAGUAUAGAAAAUGUUUUUAAAGUGUUUCUCAGAGUUUUUUUUUAAAACGAUUUAAAUAAAUUGUAUUAAGAUGA